AUGUUCGCGGCGCCGCCGAGACAUCCAUUUUAUUCGUUGCCACCCGAGCUCGUCCUUGCCAUUGUGGAUCUUCUUCCACCUGAGACCUUCAUCAAUUUCGCGUUUGCUAAUUAUCCCCUGCUACACGCUCGUGGUCUGGCACCGGCUCUGUCUAAAUCUCGAGUGCUGUACAUUACGAGUCAGACACGAUUAUCGCAGCUCUUCCCUCUGUUGAAAAUUCCGGCCGAGAUUAUGCUCGUCAUUAUGGGGCAUCUGAAGCCUAUUGACAUCAUGAGAUUCACGGUGGCCAACUAUCAGGACCUCGAGCGCAGUGGUAUCGCGCCGCCUCUCACACGCGAGACGAUACACCAGCUUGGAAGUGCUAUUCAGAAUCACGCAAUAUAG